AUUGCACUAAAAACCCCUCUCCCCCAUCUCCUCUCUCUCUCUCUCUCUCUCUCUCUCCCCCUCUUCUUAAACCCUAGAUCGCAGGAUGAGGAAUUUCUCAUCAAUCUCCUUUUCCUCUUUUUCCAAAUUAAAUGUUUGAAGCCAUAAUCGCGCAUUAUCGCCCUCUUUUCUAGGUUUGAUUCGCCCAAUCUCGCCUCUAUAAUUUUUUUUUUUUUCAACAAUGUUCCCUCGAUGGGGGAGAGCCGUUUCCGAUCUCUCCUCCACCCUCGCAUGGCACAAGAGAUCAGCGAUUCCCGCAGAAGCUCUUUUCUUCGAUCGCAGCUUCGCCAAAGCCGCCGCUGCGGCGCCGGCUCCUUCGAAUUCUCCGCCGCCGCCGCCGCCGCCGCCGCCGCCGAAGCGCGUCCAUGAUAAGCCGGAGGUCAAACUGAAUGCUUUGUUUUGGUCCAAACCCUGUUCUUUGGCUUUGGUUCGUGAUUCUCCCUUGCGAGUUGAAGAGCCGCGGUUUGAGGGCAUUCGGCGUAUUAUUUUUAAGCUACUGUUAUUCUACAGUAAGCAGAGCAAAUCGAUCAGAGGGGCAAAUGUUGUCUAUCGCCGUGUCAUUUCUCAGGUCGACAAGCCUGCUAUUUAUGAUGUAUUUCAGUUGGAGAAAACGUUUAAAACUACAUUUUCAUUGCUUGUUCUUCAUAUGUGGCUUGUUUUACGUCGCUUGAAGGAAGACGGAAAGGAAGGGGUCCAGUUCGGCCAAUAUCUGUAUGAAAUUUAUAAUCACGAUCUUGAGCUGAGAGUUUCAAAGGCUGGGGUUAACUUGCUUUUGAUUAAGUGGAUGAAAGAACUAGAAAAAAUAUUCUAUGGGAACAUUGUGGCAUAUGAUGCUGCUAUGAAACCAGAGGCAAGACACGAUGAUCUUGCAAAUGCAAUAUGGAGGAAUAUUUUCUCUGAGGAUGGUUCAGAAAAUACAAAUGCUGCUGCUGCUGCCGCUGUCCAGGCUAUGGCUAGGUAUACUCGCAGAGAAUCUACCUGCCUUUCAUUGACGGAUAAGGAAGCAGUAUUCUCUGGCAACUUCAUGUUUACCUCAUUGGGAGACCGGACGCCGAACCAUGAGAAGCCCGUGAAGUGAGCCUUGAGUGUGCCAUGGAAAAGGGAAGCAAACAUAUGACCGGACAGGGCGAAGAAAGUGUAUGGAAAUUUCUUUAUUUUUGAAAAAAAUCGAGAAGAAAUAAAUUUACUUCAUCAAACAAACACACCAAAUUCAUUGGAAUUGAGCAUUUAGUAGAGAUUAAUUGUACGAGUUGCAGUUGUUUCCAUUCUAAUCAGGAAUUAGGGGUUGGUGUGAAGGGUGAGAUUGCACUGGAGAGGGCUCAUUGUUGCACAAGACCCUCCGGUCUCGAAUCUUAUAAUGUCUCUUCUUCCUUUGGAAUGCUUUUUGACUUGUGCUUUGAUCACCGGUGUAUGCUUCACUUUGUUGGACAAAUGCUUGUAGAUUAAAAAUCAGUUCGAAGUAUAUGAAAAGUAAAAAAAAAAAGAAUGAAAUUGUUUUAGA